AGAUUAUUAUUAUAAGUUCAAUGAAUAUGAAUUAUAAUUACUUUACUCAAUUUCAAAAAUACAAAUUUACUUUAAAAUUAAUAAAUCCUAUUUAUGUUUUAAAUAAGACAAAAAAUCUUAAAAUACCAGAAAAACUCAAAGGAACAUUUCUUGAACGAUGGGGAUUAUAUUGGAAGAAUCUUUAUAUAGAUUACAAAGAAUCAGCAUUAGGUGCUGCUAAAGAUUGUAAGGAACAUCCUAUAAGAACAUCUAUAUAUUUUUCUCUUCUAGCAUCCUGUGUGUACUUAUAUAGACAUAAUCCAGAUGAAUGUACCUUUAAAGAAAAUUUAUUACAAAAUACCAUGAAAAUAAUGCAAGUAGGAGAAGCUAUACGUAAUCCAAUAUCUGAACAUUAUGUAAAAUGGUUAGGUCAAUGUUAUAAUGAAGGUAUUAUACGACGGAUGAAUUUAGGUAUAAUUUCUCUAAUUUGGUUAGAUGACUAUGAUAAUAUGUGUUCUUUAUAUAAAACUGUUUGUCCUUACUUAAAAAUACAAUAUCUAACAUUUCAUAAAAGAGUGAUAGAUUUUGGACUUUUAGAUAAAUGGUGGAUCUUAGAAAAUAAAAUGAAGGAUUAUGAUGUAAAUGAAACAGAAUUUAGUAAUGUAAAUAAAUAAUAAAUAAAAUAAAUAAUUUAAAACAAAUUAA